UCUCAUUCUACAAACGGCUUACAACUAAAACGAAAGAAAAAGCUCUUUUCUUUCCCUUAGAGCGAUCUGCGAAAUCUGAUAGUCUCCCUCUCUCUCUCUUUCGGCAAUCUGAAAGGCUCCCUCUCUCUUUCUCUUUCGGCAAUCUGAAAGGCUUUCUUAAUCAUCUUUGUUUUUGUUUUCGUGCGAUUGUGGUCUUGUUUUAUUGGACUAAUUCUUUGUUUUGCAGGGAUUUUCUUCCUCUUUAUUUCUUUCGUUUCUUUUUUCUGUCUGUGCUAAUAUCAUGGAUGCAGAAUCUUUCUCUUCUUCUAUCUCUUCUAGCAGCAAGACACAAUCUCGCCGCCCUCUUCAAGAACAUGCCAUCCCGAGACACCAGCUCCCCCGACAAAAUAGCGACAGAUACAUCGCAGAUAGAUUCAUCCCAGUCAGAUCUGCAAUGGAUUUCGACAUGGCCCAUUAUUUUUUGACAGAAUCGAAGAAAGAAAAGGAGAACGCAGCUGCAGCUUCUCCAUCGAAAGAGGCUUACAGAAAGCAUCUUGCAGAAACAUUGAUGAUGAAUAGAACCAGGAUCCUUGCUUUCAAGAGCAAACCUCCGGCACCUGUCGAUGGGAUCUUCCAAGAAUCAUGCUCCGAUAACGUUUCCACCCAUCAAUUAAAAUCCUCAAAACCUCGCAGAUACAUUCCUCAGUCUGCAGAGAGGACAUUAGAUGCGCCAGAGAUUGUGGAUGAUUAUUAUUUGAAUUUGCUGGAUUGGAGUAGCAGCAAUGUCCUUGCGAUCGCCCUCGGGAGCACUGUGUAUUUGUGGGAUGCUUCUGAUGGGUCUACUUCGGAGCUCGUGACCAUUGAUGAAGAGAAUGGCCCAGUUACAAGUGUGAGUUGGGCUCCUGAUGGACGGCAUAUUGCUGUUGGCUUGAACAGUUCCCUUGUCCAGCUGUGGGACUCAACAGCCAAUCGACAGCUGAGAACUCUGAAAGGCGGUCACCAAUCCCGAGUUGGGUCUCUCGCUUGGAACAAUCACAUCCUGACGACCGGAGGAAUGGAUGGCUUGAUAAUCAACAAUGAUGUAAGAAUAAGAUCCCACAUUGUUGAAACAUACAGAGGCCACCAACAAGAGGUGUGUGGGCUAAAAUGGUCAAGUUCGGGACAACAGUUAGCAAGCGGGGGGAACGACAAUCUCCUUUACAUAUGGGACCGAUCAAUCGCCUCUUCGAAUUCUCCAACCCAAUCGCUUCACAGAUUUGAAGAUCACAUGGCUGCAGUGAAGGCAUUGGCAUGGUGUCCUUUCCAAAGCAAUUUGCUGGCUUCUGGUGGAGGCGCCGGAGAUCGCUGUAUAAAAUUCUGGAACACCCACACGGGUGCUUGUUUGAAUUCAGUUGAUACGGGCUCACAAGUCUGUUCGUUGCUGUGGAGCAAGAGCGAAAGAGAGUUGUUGAGCUCUCAUGGAUUCACUCAAAAUCAACUCACCUUGUGGAAGUAUCCAUCAAUGGUCAAGGUUGCAGAGCUUACUGGCCAUACUUCUAGAGUUCUGUUCAUGGCCCAGAGCCCAGAUGGAUGCACGGUAGCAUCUGCAGCAGGAGAUGAGACUUUGAGGUUUUGGAAUGUAUUUGGGACGCCGGAAGUUGCUAAGCCGGUGGCAAAGUCAACGAAUACAGGGCCAUUCUCGAACAUAAACCUCAUCAGAUAAAGAGAUUGAGAGUGGACCGGCUCACAAUUUUCUGUGUGUGUGUGUGUGCUUGU